AUGCAAGCAAGAUUUGAAGAAGCUCUUCAGCAAGAGUAUGAUGGGUAUUUGAAUAGCUACAAGGACAUUGCCUAUAGUGCAGGGCUUAACCAUUCGACAGUGUGCUUUUUACCGAGCCAGCAUGAUCUUUCUGGGGAGAAAAUCGAGAUGUUUAGUAUUGAUCUUACAGCGGAUGAGAUGUGCCUGGUGGAUGGAUACUUUCUACUGUACAGUAACGGAGUCAUCAGAAUAUACAGGUAUGACACGAGGUUCAAAUGUGCAAGGAUCAGGAAAAUAGAAUCGCAUCUUUUGAUUUUCCUAAUCAGGCGAGGAAGGAUAAGCAGAAAAUGCAGGUUUCUAUUCUACAAUGUGCUCUUGAACUUGAUCAAGAGUAAUGAAAAGAAAUAUGACCAGAAGCUGAGUGAUAUUAUGUGCUGCAUGUGUGCUGACUGGAUGUCGAGCAUAAGGCUUGGUAUGAAUGGCGAGAUUGCAUGCACAUAUAAAAAUGGAGAGAAAAGAGUGUUUAAUGCAAAGCUGCAAGUCAUAUCGUCGGCAGGGUUUGCGUGCGUGAACGACUCAAGCGUUGUUGAGAGCAGGCAUCAAACGGUCAUUGUAAGAAAGGACGGAGUAGAAAUAAUUCGAAAAGAUAGAUCGUUCAAGAACGUACUGGCGAUUCCUGCGAUAAAGCAGCAUUCUGUAAUAGCAGAUGCUCUUUUUGUGCUUACCAGGAACGGCAUAAAGGUGUUGAGAUUUGGUAAGUAA